CCCAACUGGCCCAUCAUCAGACAAAAGUAAAGGCAUUUCAACAAUUUAAAACCCUAAAACAACAAAACACCGCACCUCCAUCAACUCGGAGUCGCUUUCAACUCAACUGGCCGGAUAAAGCCGGCGGACUUGGUCGUCCACCGCCACAAACACUGAGAAACUCGUCCAGGGUUGCUCCAAUGGAGGAAACCCAAGAAAUUAAGGUACAAGAAGAAGUGGUUUCUGACAAAACAUCUGAACAGAAGGAAGAAGAAACUCGUGAUGAAAUUAUUUCCAGGCACAGGAAAGAGAUAUCACAGCUGCAGAAGAAAGAAUUUGAAAUGAAAAGGGCAGCAGCUAAAGGGAGCAAGGCUGAGCAAAAAGCUAAGAAAAAGCAAGUGGAGGAAGAGGUUUCACAACUAUCUGCUAAUCUCAAGGAGAAACAUGCCAAAGAACUGUCUGCAUUAGGCUAUAGCAGUGGCAACGGAAAUGAAAAGAGCAAUUUGGACAAUUUGGUGAAGGCCAUAGCUGGAGUAUCUGUUAGCAGUCAACCCGAGAAUACAAAGGUCAGCAAGGCCAAACAGAGGCGUGACAAAAAAGCUCAACAGGAAGCAGAAAGGGAACAGAGAAUCCAAGCGGAGCAGAAUGACAUUAUAAGUGAUCGCAUGAUUGAAAAUGAGAAACUGGAAAGGAAGUUGAAGCCUCUUGGUUUGGCUGUUUGUGAAAUUAAGCCUGAUGGGCACUGCCUUUACAGAGCUGUUGAGCAUCAAUUGGCCCACCUCUCUGGGGGUAAAUCUCCUUAUACGUACCAAGAACUUCGAGAAGUGGCAGCUGCUUACAUGAGAAAGCAUACAUCUGAUUUCCUUCCAUUUUGCCUAUCAGAGAAUUUGAUUGAAGGUGAUUCUGAUGAAUCAAUUGCUCAGAAGUUUGAAAACUAUUGCAAAGAAGUUGAGUCAACGGCAAUUUGGGGAGGACAACUAGAGCUUGGUGCCUUGACUCACUGCCUGAAGAAGCAUAUUAUGAUAUUUUCAGGGUCCUUCCCUGAUGUGGAGAUGGGGAAGGAGUAUAUACCAGCUGUUGGUAUCGGCUCGUCUAGUUCCAGUAUCAUGCUCUCUUACCAUAUGCAUGCUUUUGGGCUUGGAGAGCAUUAUAAUUCUGUUAUCCCAACAUGAUCAAAUGGGGCAUAAUAUAUCACAGGGAUGCUUUAUCAUAUCCCUUGUAGCAUUUUUAUUUACAGCCAGGCAUUUGGCUUGAAGGUUUUUUUUGAAACCUAAGAUGUGAUUUGAAUGUGCCUUAUAGUUGUACAUUUCUUGACUGUAAUUGAUAAUUUAUGGAUGAUCAUAUCGAUGAUUAUGUAGCAAAUGAUGGUCUUUUGGUAUCAAUUCAUUUUUGAGCGUUUUGACAAA